GUUGCCUGGGGACAAGGUGUGCAUGUCCUGCCCACCUCUGUGCCUUCCAGAGCGCGUGGCACAGAGGUGCUGGGGCUGGACUGUGGGGAGCUCCUGCCCAGAGUUGAGCAGGGUGUGUGCUUCACUCCGCAGGAUGCGUGAGAGGACCUCUCAGAACUGGAGCACGGGCCCCUGGCUGCUGGCACUUUACCUGGCCUGGCUGUGGACCCUCCUCGCCUCAGCUUCCUUGCAGCCGCCAACUCCCACAGUCCUUGUGAAGCAGGGCACCUGCGAGGUGAUUGCCGCUCAUCGCUGCUGCAACCGGAACCGCAUCGAGGAGCGCUCCCAGACUGUCAAAUGCUCUUGCUUUCCCGGCCAGGUGGCCGGCACCACGCGGGCAAAGCCCUCCUGCGUGGACGCCUCCAUCGUCCUGCAGAAGUGGUGGUGUCAGAUGGAGCCCUGCCUGCCAGGGGAGGAGUGUAAAGUGCUCCCGGACCUGUCGGGAUGGAGCUGCAGCAGCGGACACAAAGUCAAAACCACCAAGGUCACAAGAUAGCUCCUGGGGUCACGGCCUGGACAAGACAGCUUGACUGAGCCCUGGACUGAAGAAUGGUAUCGUUAUCAGCCAACAAAAAUGGAGAUUCACUUAC